AUGUCGGACGCGAAGGAGGACGAAAGCGUAGUGUGUGAAGUGACUACGGCAUUGAAUUUCGAUUAUCGCUCAAUGAUCGAUCAUUUCGCCAAGAAUGCACUUGAGCUUCGAAAGGUUAAUAAUAUCGAAGAUGCGCAAAGUGUAUUAAAAUUAGUGAUCACGAAGUCAAAGGUUCGUCAUGAAGAACAAGCAAGUGGUUGUGAACCUAUUAAGGAAUGUCAACUGGAGCGCCCCCAAAGAUUUUACUUCACAAAGAUGAAAGAAUUUGCUGGUAAAUUGCCCGCGAAUAAUCUGUUAUCUGAAUGGGAAGAGAAUAUACGAAAUUUAAUAUCUCCUACCUUGCGAUGCAAGUACGCGAACAGUUUCGAGGAUCAAUUGUUCGAAACAAAAACUCGUUAUUACGAGGUGAUGCACGAUUUAGCCGUAAAGAGAGUGAUAGCCAUAGAGUGUCAAGAUACAUGUAAUAUGGGUUUAGAACAAAUUCUUUCAUACAAGUUUGCUGGACGAACACAUUUGUAUCCAAAGUUUCUAGAUUUGGUGGAAAGUGAUAUGAAAAAAGGCGCGCUAACGAUCAGUAGCACCUACUACAGUGACAUCGUGCGACUGAUCUCUCAACCACGUUACCUUUAUGAUAUACCCCCGCCAUCCUUAUCAGACUUUCUUAACUGUGCUAAUAAUUUACUUGCACUUCAAGUGAUCACGCGCAUGAUAAACACCAUUGAGUAUUUACUUCAGAUUCUAAAAGACGAGGAAACUGUGCCUUUAUUUAAGCUACAUUUAAAAUGUGAGAAGAACGAGAUAUUUUUUAGUCCAACGAUGCGUGAAAUUUAUAACGCGUUUCAUAAUAUAGUUGAUCAGAUUAGUCGUGUCGGUCAACAAUUACCACCAUUAGAUUCUUGGGUUGGUGUAAAGAUUCAACGAGAAUAUAUUAAAGUUAUAUUGCCAGAAUGGUAUUUAGAGGAAACGCAUCGACGUCUUGCUGAAAUCCUGCAGAACACUUUUCAACCUUUCAAUAACUACGUCGAAAAACUGUAUAAUAAGUUUAAAGUUGUUUUCGAUCCAGAGACAUAUAGAAAUAUCGCUACCUAUGUUACUACGGGACACUCUUUUCAAGAAUCUGUGUUUAAGGUUGAAGAUUUCAAUCAAUUUAUCCGAGAAAUAAAUGGCAUGCCGGAUCACGAAUAUUUUUCAAUUGGUGUAAUUCAUCAAGUUGCAGCAAAGACGGGACUUCUUUAUUACACAGAAGAAGUGCGCAAAUUGAUUAUCGAACAGUUAGUAAAAACUCAUCGUAAUUAUAACCUUAAAAUUUGUGAUGCAUUCGAAGCGAUAAAAGAACGCGCUAUAAAUGUCCCUAAUACCACGAAAGAAUUACUCGAAUUAGGUGAAUAUAUGUUAAUGGCUGCGUCAACGUUAAUGAGAUCAUUAGAGGAAAAAAUUACUUUAUCAUUACGAAUGAUGGCGUCAUUAAUCGGAAUGACAACAUUAACCAAAGAUCACAUAGAAUUGAAUAAUAUCACAAUCCAUUGGUUGAAGCGAAUAAGGCCAAUAUUUGAACAGAAUAGCGCCGUGUAUGAGCAAAUUAAAUUUGAAUUAGAAGAGAAACUUCAAAGAAAAAUCGAAAAUCUAAACACGGAUGUCGAAAACAUGUUUCCUAGAUUGAAAAUUAUGAACGACAUGGAUGAUGCAAAUCGCAUACGAGAAUACAUAGAAUAUAUGCGAAAAUUUGCACGUGACUUGGAUCGUAUGGAUGAGAGAGUAACUUGGAUCAACGACGAGGAGAAACUUUUCAAAUAUCCGCUCUCUCAAUACCCACGCAUCAAUGAAUUGAAAGAGAACAUAAUGCCAUAUUACGAAUUAAUUUAUCGAGGUUAUCAGUGGCAAAGGUAUCGGGACGUUUGGUUAGAUGGUCCAUUUGAAUACUUAGAUUCGAAUGAUAUUGAGAACAAGACAACCGAUUAUUUUGCAAACUUCAAUAAAACGUGCAAGCAAUACAGGACAAGAAUAAAGAUGGAGAAUGCGAUGAAUUAUCCUCAUAGUUUUAUAGGAUCACCAGACGAUCCAGAUCUUUUUCAACAACCCACACCUUUGAAACUUUGUCAUCAGCUUAUUGAGGAUACCAAGUGGUUCAAGCAAUAUAUACCGUUGCUGACGAUUUUUCGAAAUCCCGCGAUGCGACAAGUACAUUGGGAUGAAAUGUCUGUUAUAGCUGGUUUCGAUCUUACUCCCGAUGCUGGAACAACAUUUCGGAAAAUUAUAAAUAUGAAUUUAAUGGCCGAAUUGGACAAAUAUGAAACGAUAAGCGUAAGUGCAAGGAAACAACUUGCUCUUGAAGAGUCAUUAACAAAAAUGAUCAGUGAAUGGGACAACAUAUUUUUUACCACUGUACUCUAUAAAGAUUCAGGAGUAAACAUCUUGACCCAUUUAGACGAUAUUCAAAGUCUCUUAGAGGAGCAUAUUAUAAAAGUUCAAGCAAUGCGGGGUUCCGCGUUUGUCAAGCUUAUCGAAGAAGAGGUUAAAGAAUUUUACUUUCUUCUAUUUCGAAUACAGUCAACAAUCGAAGAAUGGACCAAAGUUCAAGUACAGUGGAUGUAUUUGUUACCCAUCUUUUCGAGCAAAGACAUCGUAGCACAAUUACCCGAUGAAGAAGUGCUAUUCUUUCAAGUUGACAGAAUAUUUCGCAGUGCAAUGAAUGGUGUUGCAAAGGAUCCUCGUGUACGGGAAACCGCUGGUUCUAUUGGUCUGCUAGAAAUCAUGCGGGAAGCAAAUGUAUUAAUGGAAAAGGUAAACGACGGUGUAUUAAAUUACCUCGAGAAGAAGAGACUUUUCUUCCCACGAUUUUUCUUCUUGAGUAAUGACGACAUGUUAGAGAUAUUAUCCGAAACAAAGGAUCCUCUUCGAGUUCAGCCACAUCUUAGAAAAUGUUUUGAGGGAAUAAAUAAAUUACGUUUUAACGAAGAAUUGGAAAUAUCUUCGAUGUUUAGUGAAGAUAACGAAGAAGUUAGAUUGCAGGAAAAGAUUUCAACUGCUGCAGCGAGAGGCUGCGUAGAACGAUGGCUCAUUCAAGUCGAAGAACAAAUGCUGAAGUCUGUAAGGCAUGAAAUCCUUAUGAGCUAUCUCGAUUAUGAAAUUAAUAGACGGGUUGUAUGGGUACGUAUAUGGCCUGGCAUGGUAGUUUUAUGUGUUUCUCAAAUUUAUUGGAGCAUGGACGUUCAGAACAGUCUUAUGACCCAUAUCCCUUCUACGAUGGAAGCACUUCAUGUAAAACUCAAAUCUCAAAUUUUAGAGAUGGUUCAAUUGGUUAGAGGUACACGGCCUGCAGGACAAUUGACAAAACAAAAUCGAACUACGUUAAAUGCUCUUAUUACUUUGGAUGUACAUGCUAUGGACGUAGUUGAGCUGUUAAUUAAUAAGAAAAUCAUAAGCGAAACCGAUUUUGAAUGGUUGGCACAAUUGCGCUAUUAUUGGGAAGACGAUGUGUUUGUUAGGAUUAUAUAUACCACCGUAGCUUAUGCAUACGAAUAUAUUGGAAACUGUCCUCGUCUUGUUAUCACUCCUUUGACAGACAGAUGUUAUCGUACCUUAAUCGGCGCAUAUUCUUUACACUUGAACGGAGCUCCGGAAGGUCCAGCCGGUACUGGCAAAACGGAAACAACGAAAGAUUUGAGCAGAGCUUUAGCCGUACAAUGUGUAGUUUUCAAUUGUUCCGAAGGUCUUGACUACAAAAACAUGGGAAAGUUCUUUAAAGGUCUUGCUGCGUGCGGUGCAUGGUCUUGCUUUGACGAAUUCAACAGGAUCGAACUGGAAGUAUUGUCCGUAGUUGCACAACAAAUGCUUUGUAUCACUCAAGCCGUACGUGCCAAGUUGGAAACUUUUAUUUUCGAAGGAACCGAAUUAAAAUUAAAUCCUGCCGUUUACGUUUGCAUCACAAUGAACCCAGGUUACGCAGGUCGUACAGAGCUACCAGACAAUUUAAAAGUUCUUUUUAGAACGGUAGCAAUGAUGGUACCAGAUUACGCUAUGAUCGCUGAAAUAUUUCUUUAUUCUUCUGGAUUCAGUAGCGCUCGAGAGCUGUCUACGAAAAUUGUAACUACAUACAAGCUAUGCUCCGAACAAUUAUCCACGCAAUCUCAUUACGACUAUGGAAUGCGAGCUGUAAAAGCUGUUUUAACAGCAGCACAAAAUAUUAAAUUACAAUUUCCAGAUGAAGAUGAGUCUGUGCUGUUACUUAGGUCUGUGAUUGAUGUGAAUUUACCAAAGUUUUUAGCACACGAUGUUCCACUUUUUCAAGGUAUCGUCUCUGAUCUGUUCCCUGGUUUGGAACUUCCAUCCCCAAGUUACGAUGUUAUUCUGAAAGCAAUUCACGAGGUUACCGAUAAGCAUAAUUUGCAACCAGUAGAUGGUUUCCUUUUAAAGAUCAUACAAACAUUCGAAAUGAUGAUAGUUCGUCACGGAUUUAUGUUGGUAGGUGAACCAUUCGGUGGAAAAACUUCGGUUCUCCACACCUUGGCCGAUGCUCUAACCAUAAUGCACAAUCGAGGUGAUGGGGAUGGAGCGAUAACAAAGUAUUAUACGAUUAAUCCAAAGUCUAUAACGUUAGAACAACUAUACGGAUAUUUCGAUCCGGUUUCUUCCGAAUGGACCGACGGUGUGUGCGCAGUUGCGUUUCGUAUGUAUUCUAUGGAAGAAUCGGCCGACAGGAAAUGGAUCAUUUUCGACGGACCAGUGGAUGCCUUGUGGAUCGAAAACCUCAAUACUGUCCUCGACGACAAUAAAAAACUCUGCUUAACAUCCGGCGAAGUAAUUCAAAUGUCCAACGUUAUGUCAAUGAUUUUUGAAGUAAUGGAUCUUGCUCACGCAUCACCUGCCACAGUAUCUCGAUGUGGAAUGAUAUAUGUGGAACCACGUGUUCUGGGUUGGAAACCAUUCGUCCAAUCUUGGAUGAACAAAUUGAAUCCUAUGUGGAAAGAAAGUUACGAGGAAAAUAUGAAGGAACUGUUCUAUUGGUUGAUCGAUCCAUGUUUGGAAUUUAUUCGAAAAACCUGUCGCACAACCAUCAAUGCUGGCCAAAUACAUCAGGUUGUGUCAACGAUGAAUAUUUUCGAAAUGUUUAUGGAAGACGCGGUGGAACAGAAUCCAAAAACGUAUGAUCAAUUCAUUAUACCUUGGCUGCAGGCAACUAUGUUGGUAUCGGUAGUUUGGGGAGCUGCCGGUACGCUAGAUUACGUAUCCCGCGUAAAAUUCAACGCGUUUUACUUAAGUUUUUGGAAGAACGAGCAAACGGAACAUCCGCUUCCUGAAUUUCUUAGCGAAGCCCUGAUCUCUCUUCCAACGGACGACUUAAUUCACGAUUGCUUUUACACAUACAGAGGAAGAGGUGCGUGGAGACGAUUCUCUGACGUGGCAAGACAAGAAGAGUAUUCGGAUACCGGAAGCAUCGUUCAAAUGAUGAUUCCUACCGUUGAUACAGUGAAAUAUCAAAGUCUAUUUUUGAAACACAUCGAGCAUCGCAAACGAUUUCUAUUGUACGGAGAAACGGGUACCGGAAAAAGUUUCUAUAUCAAGGACUUGAUCAUGAACAAGUUAAAGGAAGAGGAAUAUUUACCAAAUUUUAUUACGUUUACUCCGAACAUCACGGCUGCACAGACACAAGAGUUAAUUGUACUAAAAUUAUAUAAAAAACGCAGAAAUCAAUUUGGUCCUUUACCAGGCACACAUUGCAUCGUAUUUAUCGAUGAUGUUAACAUGCCUGCAAAAGAAACGUACGGUUCCCAACCACCGAUCGAGCUGCUUCGACAGUUCUUCGAUCACAAAAUUUGGUUCGAUCUGAAAAAACCAGAAAAGAUUUAUAUAUACGAUACAAUGUUUGUUUGCGCUAUGGCUCCACCGGGCGGUAGUAGGCAGGAAUUGUACCAAAGAUUCCUGAGACAUUUUAAUCUGUUCAGUAUCAGUAACUUUUCCGAGGACACUAUCAUCAGAAUUUUUACAAACAUCGCAUUCAUAGGUUUGCAACGGAAUGGUUUCACUACUGCAGCUAUGCCAACUAUCAUCGAAAUUGUGAACGCAACUAUGAAUAUCUUUCAGAAUGCCCAAAAAGAGCUGAGACCGACACCAAUGAAAUCCCAUUAUCUUUUUAAUUUGCGUGACUUUUCUCGCGUGGUAACCGGUUGCACGAUGAUCAAAGAAGAAUCCGUGGAAUCGAAGUCAGAUUUCACGAAACUAUGGGUUCACGAAACAUUAAGAGUCUUCGGUGAUCGUCUAAUCGAUGAAAACGACCGACAUUGGUUGUUUAUAAAGAUUAAGGAAGUGGUUGGAAGCAAUCUCAAGGAAUCGUUUGAAACGGUGUUUGAUUAUCUGCCAAAGUUUGACGAUCAGUUAACAAAGGAUAGCUUACGAAGUCUCAUAUUUGGUACUUUUAUGGACAUAGAUACGAUUCCAGCCGAUCGUCGAUACGAAGAAGUAAAAUCUAUGGAAGAAUAUUUAGAAGUAGCGACUUCCUGCCUCGAAGAGUACAAUCUAACUCAUAGAUACAAAAUGGAUAUUGUACUAUUCCGUUAUGCUCUGGAACAUCUUGCAAAAAUUUGUCGCAUAUUGGCUAUUCCUUGUGGCAGCUUACUGAUGGUAGGUGUAGGUGGAUCCGGUAGGCAAUCGUUAACAAGAUUAGCAUCCAAUAUGGCCGGUCAUGGUCUCUUUCAACCAGAGAUAGGCAGCGCAUAUGGUAUACAAGAAUGGCAGGAUGAUAUAAAGAAGGUGCUCAUGAAUUCCGGCGGUUUAGGCAAAGAUUUUGUAUUCUUGCUCACCGAAGGACAAAUUAAAAGCGAAAUUUUCCUGAACGACAUCGACAGUUUGUUGAAUUCAGGCGAGGUGCCGAAUCUGUUCACCAUCGAGGAAAGACAAGAAAUCAUCGAGAUGACCCGACUAGCCGCUCAGGGCGGUAAUCGAAAUUUAGACAUAUCGGUUUUGUCCAUACUCGCUUAUUUCGUGAAUCGUUGCAAAGAGAAGUUACACAUAAUGCUAUGCUUCAGCCCCAUCGGGGACACCUUCAGAAUCAGACUUCGACUUUAUCCGAGUCUCGUGAAUUGUUGUACAAUCGAUUGGUUCGAAGUAUGGCCAGAGGAUGCUCUUGAACAGGUAGCUCUACGCAGCACUACCGAUAUAGAUAUCGACGAGCAGGUGAAAAUCAACGCGGUGGUUGCGUGUAAAUUUUUUCACAUUUGUGCCAAAGAUAUUAGCACUGAAUUUUACAAUGUCACGGGUAGACAAACUUACAUCACAACAGCCGGCUUUUUAGAUCUUAUACGAACUUACGCGGAACUGAUGAGGGAAAAACAGGAAGAACUUACUUUCGCGAGAGAUCGGUAUGUCAGCGGAUUAGAUAAACUAGAAUACGCGGCCCAACUAAUUAGUCAAAUGAGAGUAACACUUUCGGAAUUACGGCCUCAACUUGAGGCGUCUGCCAAGGAGACAUCGGAGACGAUGAAGAAAAUCGAAACCGAGAAUAUCAGCGUUGAGAAAGCAAGAAUUAUGGUAAAGAAAGACGAGAACAUGGCUAACGUACAAGCCAAAGUUGCAAUGAAUCUGAAAGUGGAAUGCGAGGCGGAUUUAGCAGAGGCUUUGCCAGCCCUGGAAGAUGCUUUAGCCGCUCUAAAUACUUUAAAGCCAGCUGACAUAGCAGUUGUAAGAACAAUGAGGAGUCCUCCAGCUGGAGUAAAGCUCGUGAUGGCCGCAGUAUGCGUAAUGUUAGGUAUACCCCCUGCUAAAGUCGAAGAUCCAGUUACCGGUAAAAAAGUAAACGAUUAUUGGACCCCAAGUAAACGUUUAUUAGGCGAUAUGAGAUUUUUGGAAACCUUACGGCAAUACGAUAAAGACAACAUUCCUCCGAAUAUUAUGCAGGAAAUUAAAAUAACCUACAUGACGGAUAAGAACUUCGAGCCAAAGAUUGUAGCUAGAGCAUCAUCAGCAGCGGAAGGCCUUUGUAAAUGGGUGAGAGCGAUGGUUUUAUACGACGCGGUUGUGAAAAUAGUUGCACCGAAAAAAGCGAAACUAGAAGCUGCGCAACGAGACUAUGAAAAUACCAUUAAGUUUUUGAACGAAAGACGUGAAAUGCUGACUGCGUUGACCGAAAAGUUGAGGACACUCAACGAAAAUUUACAAGUAACCCUCGCUAAGAAAAUUCAGUUGGAAAACGAGGUGACAAAUUGCAGAAACAAGUUAAUUCGAGCUGAAAAAUUAAUUAGUGGUCUGGGUGGAGAGAAAGAUCGUUGGAUGACCGCAGCAGCGAACUUGCAAAGUUCUUAUGACACUCUGCCGGGUGAUAUUUUAAUUUCCUGCGGUAUGAUAGCGUAUCUAGGUCCGUUUACGUCUAAUUAUCGUAUCGAAAGCUUAGGAAAAUGGAUAGUCUACGUUAAGAACUUAAAAAUCCCGUGUACGGAAAAUUUCGACUUUAUUGAGAUACUCGGAACCGAGAUAAAGAUUAACUCGUGGAAUAUAUUUGGGUUACCUCGGGACUCGUUUUCCACUGAAAAUGCCAUAAUCAUGGACAACUCGAAGAGAUGGAGUUUGUUUAUCGACCCUCAAAGUCAAGCAAAUAAAUGGAUUCGCAACAUGGAGAAACAAAACGAACUCGAAAUCGUAAAAUUAACAGAUACAUCUUACAUGAACAUCAUAGAACAAGCUAUAGAAUAUGGAAAACCGGUACUUAUCGAAAACGUUCUUGAAGAACUGACACCACCUCUUGAUCCGAUAUUAUCAAAGGCAAUAUAUAAAAUGGGCGUCUUGUGGUAUAUCACACUUGGCGAGAAAACGAUCGAAUACAGUUUGCGGUUCAAAUUGUAUAUUACUACCAAAUUACGUAACCCGCAUUAUCUACCCGAGACUUUCAAUAAAGUAACUGUGAUCAAUUUCGCAUUAACGAUUGGUGCUUUAGAAGAUCAAUUAUUAGGUAUAGUAGUUGCAAAAGAGAGGCCCGAUUUACAGGAGAAGCGAGAAUAUUUGAUCGUCCAAAGUGCCGCAAACAGGCAAGCUUUACAGCAAGUAGAAGAUAAUAUUUUGAAAACUUUAUCGGCAUCUGGAGCUAGUAUUUUGGAAGACGAAGAAGCCAUAGAGAUAUUAGAUUCAUCCAAGAUUCUUUCCAUCGAUAUAUUAAAGAAACAAGCUGCCGCGAAGAAAACGGAGUUACAAAUCGAAGGAUUUCGACAAAAUUACAAACCUAUCGCCCGACAUAGUUCCGCUCUCUACUAUACGAUCACUGAUCUACCUAAUAUCGAUCCUAUGUAUCAAUAUUCUUUGGUGUGGUUUAUCAGCUUGUAUAUUAGUUCCAUUGACACCGCAAACAAGAGUAAAAUUCUCGAAAGAAGACUCGCGUUUCUACGAGAAACUUUUACUUAUAACUUAUACCAAAAUGUCUGUAGAUCUUUAUUUGAGAAGGACAAAAUAUUGUAUUCGUUUAUCUUAUAUACGACGAUCUUGAUAUCGGAAAACGCAAUCACAAAAGAAGAAAUGACGUUCUUUCUGUCCGGCGGCAUCGCAUUGGCAGCGAUAUCAAGCAACCCAGCAUCCAAAUGGCUUCCAGAUAAAUCAUGGGGUGAAAUUUGCAGAAUUCACGUAUUACCUGCCUUUGUCAAUUUUCAAUCAAGUUUCGUGAGUAAUUUAAAUCCAUGGAAAGAAUAUUAUGAUUUAUUGAAUCCGGAAAAUUCACCGAUACCAGACCCAUGGCAGAAGAGUUUAACACCUUUUCAGAAAUUGAUCGUUACGAGAAUGAUCAGAGCUGACAAAGUGAUGAUCAUGAUACAACGAUUCGUCGAAGUUGGAAUGGGUUUGAAAUUUGUGUUACCGCCACCCUUUGACAUUUCUAAAUCAUUCUCCGAAUCAAGUUCUCUGAUACCGUUGAUCUUCAUUUUAUCUCCAGGUUCUGAUCCAAUGGAAGCACUGUCUUUGUUCGCGGAAAGUAUGAAUUUCCUCGAAAGAUUUCAUUCGAUUUCCCUCGGCCAAGGCCAAGGACCCAUUGCUCAAAAAUUGAUCGAACAAGCACAAAGCAACGGCGAGUGGGUGUGCCUACAAAAUUGUCACUUAGCCGCUUCGUGGAUGCCUAUGUUAGAGGAUAUUUGCGAACAUUUUGAUCCUUCGAAUACGCAUGCUAACUUUCGUUUGUGGCUUACUAGUUACCCUGCCGAACAUUUUCCGAUUACAAUCCUGCAAAAUGGUGUUAAAAUGACUAACGAACCUCCGUCCGGAUUACAAAACAAUAUUAUGAGAUCCUACAAAUCUGAAGCAACCAGAAGUAUGGAUUUUUUUGAUAAUGAACCUGCUAAAAGAAGAACAUAUUCGAAGUUGCUUUAUGCUUUAUGCUUUUUUCAUGCUGUGGUACAGGAAAGACGAAAUUAUGGCGCUCAGGGUUGGAACAUAAAAUACGGUUUCAAUGAAUCGGACCUCCAAAUAUCCGCUCAACAACUUCAGUUAUACAUAAAUGAUUACGAAUAUGUCCCUUUCAAGGCUAUCGUAUAUCUAACGGGUGAAUGUAAUUACGGUGGCCGAGUCACAGAUGACAGAGAUCGAAGAUGCUUGAAUACGAUAUUACAAGAUUUUUAUAAUCAGAAUGUAAUCACAGAUCCGACUUAUAGCUUUGCAGAUGUCGGUCCCGAAUACACAUUACCAAAAAGACACGAAUAUGAAGAUUACAUUAAACAAAUUCAAGGAAUUCCCUUAAAUCCGUCACCAGAGGUAGUUGGAUUGCAUAUGAAUGCAGGAAUUACGCGAGAUCUUGAGCUGGCAAAUAAUUUCUUUCAAUCUAUGAUGUUAAUUCAAGGAACGGUUACAGUAGGUGACACUACUAAACAAGACGAAAUGCUGUUGAACAUGAAAAACGAUAUUUAUGAUAGAUUACCUGAAUUGUUUGAUAUUGAGGAGGCGCAGCAAUAUUAUCCUAUUGUUUACAUGGAAUCCAUGAAUACUGUUUUAAUACAAGAAUUACAAAGGUACAACAUCCUUUUGUAUGAGAUUCGAGAAUCUCUUAAUAUGCUGGAAAAAGCAAUAAAAGGAUUGAUAGUGUUGACCCCUGCUUUAGAGAUUCUAGCUACUCAUAUAUUAAGCGCAAAAAUUCCACCAUCUUGGGUGAAAGCAUGCGCUUAUCCAAGUUUGAAACCAUUACCAAAUUUUAUUAACGAUUUACUUGAUCGGUUAAACUUUUUCCGAGAAUGGUUAACAAAAAAUAGACCGAAAACAUUCUGGAUAGCUGGAUUCUCAUUUAUACAUGCUUUCCUUACGGCGACAACGCAAAAUUUUGCAAGGAAAUAUAGGAUACCUAUCGAUAGAAUCAGUUUUGAUUUUGAGGUGCUUCCUGCAUAUGAAUUACAUCAAUCUCCAAUUGAUGGUGUUUACGUUCACGGAAUGUUUCUGGCUGGCGCGAGAUGGGAUAUGCGAAGCAUGUUACUCGCUGAAAGUUAUCCAAAAAUCCUUUGGGAACCUAUGCCAAUAAUAUGGAUGAAACCAUGCGUAGUAGAUACCAUUCUAAUAGGAAAACGAUACGAAUGUCCUGUUUAUAUAACUUCUGCACGUUACGGUAUUCUUAAGACAACUGGACAUUCGACUAAUUACGUGCUAUCGAUCCUCUUGGAUACCAAUAACCCAGUCAAUCAUUGGAUUAAAAGAGGACUCGCUCUGCUUUGUCAACUUGACAAUUAA